GCUGGAACUAGUUAGUUGAUGGCCGGCAGUGGAACGAGUAACAUUGAAUCGGUUGGCUGGUAGCACUAGGCGCGCACGGACGUUACAAAUUGCCUGUCUUUUGAUUAAUAAACAAAAACCUUGGCUAGUGUGUAUAUUUUAUUUUUGGUGUAAAAGGAAAUGAAAUUCAUAAUCAAAGAAAAGUGAACGCGCUUAUUUAUUACACGAAUAAAAAGUAGAGAAAAUUUUAGGAAGAAAAAAUACGUCAGCGUGCGUAAAAGCGUAAGCGUUAGAAGUGUUUUUUUUUCGGGCGUAUUUCAACGUAUACACUUGAUAGGGUUGAUCGGAAGCGCCACUGCUGGAGUAGUAUCUAUAAAUGUUUGUAUCGCCGCGUCUUCCGCGCAUAAAUCACUUUCGCGUGUCAGGGUAUAGUACGUACGUGCGCGUGUGUGUGUAAGUUUUCCGGGCUUUGCUGUUGGGUGGCGGCGCAUAAUCAUUUUACCACCUUCUUUGGCUAAAUUUUUCGUCCCAACUAUUAUCUAGGCGGCUACACUUUCGCACGCGCUCGCUCGCCUCUGGCGUCCGCAACGAUGAGUGUUGUGUCUUCAACUCUGCUGGCUCAACAAGUCAACAACUGGCAAUUGGAGGAUUUUGCUUGCUUUCGAAAAUGUGGCGAAAUUACCGUGUCCCCCGAUGCGCAAACUUAUGGCAUGAAUUGUUGCUUUUGCGCUGGUAUUUGCUUGCAAUUCGAUGUUUUUAUAGAGCAUAUGCGCGAGGUGCACGCGGAGCGGAUCAGUGCGCUGUAUCAGCAAUCGGAAACGCCGCCGCUCGCGGAGGGGAAAGGCGAACAGAGCACACAAACAACGUGCGCAGAAAUGGAAACCUAUUACGUUGACGCGGCUAAUGCCGUCGCCCCUGCCAUCGACGAUUUUGAUAUUGAUGUAGAAUGCAUUGAUGGCGAUGAAUGCGCUUUCAGUUACAACACGAACAACAACUAUAAUUGCGGCGCUGCCGUAGGCGCUCUUGCUGACGCUAGCAGUGACACUGAAAGCGGCUCCACCGCCGCUCUCGCCGCCAAUGCCGCGAAAUCUCGCGUUCCACGAUAUCAGCUACGCCGUCAGCGCACAGCUGGUGUAGAAAAUAGGGCAAUCGAAGAUAAGUCGCGCAAAGUAUGCAGUUGGAAUGAAGCGCCGUCAGCAAAAUGUAAUGGGACUUUGGGAAAAUUUAAAACACUUACGACAACACAAACACCACCAACACCCGCGCCCACACCAUCACCAUGGACAACGCCAGUGCAGAAUGGCCGCAGGGAAGAAGGAACCACAGCGACAGUGACAGAAAGUGUAAGCGAAAUACUUGACAUAGCAAUGGACACACCUGGUGUGCAUGGUGCCGGCGAUUGCUUGGGGGUGGCAAUAGAUAUGGCCGAUGUCGUUGGUGUGGCCGGGGCUGUGCAUGUGACUGGUAUGGAUGAGGCGCAGCAUGGACCGGAAGCGCCGCAAGAAGUGGACUUGGUAUAUGUAAUGGAAAGUGCAACGCCAGACGGUAUUAUUGAGGAAGAAACCGUUGUGGAUCCAUUCGAAAUGGUGCAAGGCUGGCGGCGUUCAACAGACUCGUCCGAGUGUGCAGAAAAUGAUGUACCCAGUCACCCAGGAUUACGCAAAAACUUAAUAGCAUUGCCGUUGAGCGCGUCGAAAGCGCAAGGUUGCGAAAAGCCUUUGGUCAACGAGAAUGAGCACAGUACUGAAGUCAUCUUCUAUCUGUUGGAGGCCUACAAAAAGCACGAAAAACUCUGGAAUCCCAAUCAUCCACAAUAUAAAUACAAUGCCAAUCGCAAGAUGUUCGAAGAACUAUCGCGUCCACUGUUGCGUGACAUGAAUUACUCAUUGGACGGCUCGGAGAUCUAUGCGAUCAUUAAGAGUUUGCGUUCACGCUAUCGACUUGAGUUGGCCAAAGCACGCGAACGUAAGGGCAAGUACAAAACACGUUUUAAAUAUUUUGAGAAAAUGGAAUUCUUGCGAGAUGUUAUUGAGAAUAAGCGUGCGGCACGCAAAGUUAAGAAACACCUUGACUGCUCAGCAUCUGAAAAGUCUUUGGAUGAAGACUGUACAGAAACGACACGUUCCACGCAUAACCAUGCCGUACUUACUUACCUCUUGGAUGCCUUUAGAGGGCAGGAAGCGCUCUGGAAUCCACAGCAUCCGGAUUAUUUGCUAUGUAAUAAGAAUGAACUGAUGCGUGAAAUCUCAAUACAAUUGUUGUUGGAGAAGAACGUUAGCAUGUCGGCGGACGAUUGCUUUACAGAGAUACAAAAAUUGCGCACGCGCUAUCGUCGAGAGUUGCGAAUCGUACACGAACACAAAGGGCUGUAUGCGCCCAAAUUGUGGUGCUUUGAACAGAUGGAAUUUCUGCAGAAAAUAUUCGAGGAUCAGCUGCUUGAUCGGCUAAAAAAGCGCAGAGGUGUGAUCGCUUGCAAACCCAAAACGCAGUACUUAAAAGCUAAAUCUAUAGACUUCAAGAGCACCGAUGACCAUCUAACUUUCAUCGAAAUCUACAAAAGUUAUUCCGCACUCUGGGAUGUCGAUCAUCCCGACUACCGUUCGACCACCUAUCGCAAUGAAGAACUCAAUCAAAUGCUAGAGGAAGUUAAUCUAAUGCUGGGCAUUAAUAGCACAUUGGAAGAACUGCAAAAAACUUUAUAUGAGCUGCGAAAAGAGUUUUCAGCAGAAAAGCAUAAGCGGCUGAUCGAAACGAGCGAUACAGCGACAUCAUUGCCAUCACUACCUUCACCGUCAAUUAUACAAACGAAGUUAAUAGAAUUUCUCGAUUUGAAUUUGGGUCCAUUUCGUUGUGAUGUUUGCGCUGAACUUAUAAAAACCUCUGAUCAGUAUAAGAUUCAUAUGUCCGGACAUGAUGGCAUGCAACCGUUUAUUUGUACGCUUUGCGGCAAGGGUUUUCAAAUACCAGGCAAUCUCACAAUUCAUAUACGACGACACAAGGGCGACUUUCCGUAUUCGUGUGAAGUGUGUGAUAAGAAAUUUGCUACAUCCACGGAGGUUGCGAUUCACAUGCGAAGUCAUACAGGUGAGCGCCCCUAUAUCUGUGAGCUGUGUGACAAAUCCUUUAAAACCUGGUCAUUCUACGAUACUCACCGCCGUGCCCACCUAAAACAAUCCAAUUUCCUUUGUCCCAUCUGUGACAAGGCCUUCUAUGAGCGCAACCGUUAUACGGAUCACAUGAAUGGCCAUUUAAAUAUCCGAAAACAUGUCUGUGAUGUUUGUGGCAAGGCAUUUACAACGUUUGCCAACCUAAAGAAGCACACCGAAUUACAUUUGCCAGUGAAGAAGUAUAAAUGUGAUAUUUGUGGUCAAAGGUUUGCACAAUUUGCCAGUGUACGUUGGCACAAACGUAAGAUGCAUGCGCAAACGCAGGAACAACUCGAACAGAUGGAGCAGUAAAGCGCGAAUACUUAAAAAAGAAAGGACUUUCUUCGAAAUAUUUUAGCUUUACUGAAACCAUGUUUUAUUUAUUUUCAUAUUAAUAUUUAUAUAGAACUAUAUAUUGUAGUUAUGGCUAGUAAUUUAUUCGUUCGUAAGUAUAAUCUUUUAAUUAGAAAUUUGCCAGUAUAUUAACAUGUAUGUGAAAAUACAUAUCGCUAAGUUACGAGUGAAAUUUUGCUAAGUCCACCUAAAAAAAAUCAUAUUUGCAUAUAGGAAGCAAGACAAAUUAAAAUUGCAUCGUUUCCAAAAGAAUUAAGGUACUUGUUUUAUUUCUUUCCUUUUACAUUCAAUGAAAGGCAAAUUUUCUAAGUCUAAAAGAGGGCACAGAAAAUUCGGUA